AAAAACCCUAUAUAUAUAUAAAACCACCAAUUUCCAUUCCCCAAUUCAAAACUCAAGAAGCUCCUUAGUGAGAGAGACAAGUCUCCCAUGUCUAGUCCAUUUCUUGUUACCAUCUUGGCUGUUGCCCUACUAGUAGUGUUAUUGGGAUGCACAGUUGCACCACCAGCCGAGGCGCGGGCUUUCUUCGUGUUCGGAGAUUCCCUCGUCGACAAUGGCAACAACAACUACUUGGUGACCUCUGCACGAGCCGACAGGCCGCCCUACGGCAUUGACUACCCUACACGCCGCCCCACCGGACGCUUCUCCAAUGGCCUAAACAUCCCUGACCUCAUCAGUGAGGCGAUCGGGGCGACGGAGUCCACAUUGCCGUACUUGGACCCUGCCCUCAACGGACAAAGCCUACUUGUUGGCGCCAACUUUGCUUCGGCAGGAAUUGGGAUCCUCAAUGACACUGGAAUUCAGUUUGCGAGCAUAAUAAGAAUCUUUCAGCAAAUGCAGUUCUUCCAACAGUAUCAGGUAAGGGUGAGUGCGCUGAUUGGACCAGCACAGGCGCAGCGUCUAGUGAACGGCGCCCUGGUCCUGAUCACACUAGGUGGCAAUGACUUCGUCAACAACUACUUCUUGGCGCCAGUCACGGCAAGAAGGAUCCAAUUUGGAUCCAAUCUCCAGGCGUUCUCCCGGUAUCUCAUCUCCGAGUACCAGAAAAUCCUAAUGAGGCUCUACGACUUGGGAGCUAGGAGGGUCCUGGUGACGGGAACUGGACCAUUGGGUUGUGUCCCGUCUCAGUUAGCCGCGAGGAGCAUCGAUGGGAACUGCGCGCCAGAGCCCCAACAAGCUGCGGCCAUCUUCAACCCACUCCUUAUCGAAAUGAUUAGAAACCUCAAUGGGAAGCUAGGCUCAAAUGUGUUUGUCGCUGUUAAUGCGAUGGAAAUGCAAAAUAACUUCAUCAGCAACCCCCAAGCCUAUGGUUUUGUUACAUCAAAGGUAGCAUGUUGCGGACAAGGACCCUACAAUGGACUUGGACUCUGCACCAUUGCCUCAAAUCUCUGCCCUGAUAGAGACGUUUAUGCAUUCUGGGACGCCUUCCAUCCAACUGAGCGGGCAAACAAAAUCAUUGUCCAAACAAUCGUGGGUGGAUCUACCAAGUACAUGUAUCCCAUGAACCUAAGCACCAUAAUGGCCAUGGACUCUAGGAACUGAUAUAAGAUCACUCCGAAGAAAUAUUUAGAUAAGGAUAUAUGUAAUCCAUAUUUCAAUUUCCCUCGAGUAUUCAUUGUUCAUGUCCUCUGUCUGGAACUCCAGUUUGGCUAGAUGCACUUCUGUCAAUCCCAAUUGAAAUGCAUAGUCAGUAAGCCUAAGUAUAAGGGCUCGGUAGAAGUUAAACGUAGAGCAUUGGUCCUAUAUUCAGUAAAUAUGUUUCAUGUUUUAGUGCACUUAAGGGGCACAAGUGAUUUUUCAUUAUUGAUCAUGUAGCGUCUCAAGUUCUAGUGAACAAUUAUGUUACCAUAACAUGUUGAGUAGCUUGGAAUAUUGUGAAAGAUACAUGAAAUAUAUCAACCUGUUUGUCAUUUGAUUA